CAGGUGCUUUCUAAUGACGUAUCGACAAGGUUUAUUCUCGAUUAGUUGGGUUAAGGCUCUGUUUGCUUCGAAUGAAAAGAGAAAAUAUAACGGAGAAUUCAACCAGGCUUUUGAGGACAGGCGGUAGCCCUUUCAUCUACACCACUUCUGAUUAUUAUUUGUGAAACAACUUAACGGAACAUUAACUGUGGUGGUAAUAUUGGAAUCGGUUUUCCUAAAUAUGCCCAGGGGUUUGCAGUUUGUCAAUUUACAAGAAUGCGAAAGCAAAUGGUAAUUGAAGAAUCCUGAAAAGGAACGAAGAUGUGCAAGUGAUUUGCUUUUGUCGCAAACGGCAUGGAUUCUAGAGUCCACCCAGAAGUAGAUUUUCUCUUACAAGCCCCCUAGGGGACAAGUCUUGUCUUUAAGAUAAGAGCACUGAUAAGUGUGUCUAAAUUAGUUCAGCAUAACUGCACUGCGUUGACAAAUACUGUGGGAUUGACUUGUUGUUUGCAGUAAAAAAAACACAAAACUACAGCGUCCCCCUGUGCUACCGAGGUAAGAGAACACAAUAAGCACAAUGUUUAGGGUUUCAACGUUGUUUGUGUUUCUCUGCUAUGUUUUUUUUGCCGCUAUUCUUUAUUGGGAAAGGUUGGAAACCAAUGAGACACCCUACAUUUUGUUGAACGUCAGUUAUUCAAGACUAGCCUUUCGAUAAAACUCGUGUAUUGUUAUAUUUGUAUUGUGUUUUGUUUUCUUACACUAUGCGGCUACAAAAGACACAUUUAAAAAAUGCCUUUGCAGCUUAUUGAUGUGCGCCAGGUGACUACAUCACUCGAAUUAUUACGAGCUUUUAAAAGGUUCGAACCUAUUUCUUCUCUGUUCGUAUAUCAUAUAUUUUCUAAUAACUUAGUACAACGUAACCUACAAGAAAUAGACACGGUAACACGAAUAAAUGUUAAAUGCCACCAAGCACAGUAUGAGGGAAAAAAACAUGUUUUUGAUUAAGAAGACCACGCAAAUUCUCUUUCGCUCGUUUGAUUUGGGUAAAUCAAUUUUCGAAAGUGUUUUGAAACUCAGUGGAGUAGAGAAAUGAUAUGGAAAGAUCGAGCAACAUAUUUUUCUUUAGAAUGUGUUUAGAUUUUGUUUAAAAUAACAUUUAACAGACUAAUACCGGUUCAGCAUAAAGCAAACAGCGGACCAAAAAUACAACACGAUUUCAAUCAUUUCAGAACAAUCAUCAAAUAUUAAACAGGCUUUCCCACGCAAAUUGACAUUUUUUACAGAUCCAAGAAAAAGAAACUUUUAUGAAAAAGCAUGAUUGGCAAGGUUUUUUUAGUUUCAAUGUGGUUUUAUAUAUUCUGGUGUUAUGCAUUUGAAAGAGGUUAUAGCGGUUUAAAAAAAAAUCAUUAAUGGUCUAAAUUAGGCCGGAUCAUGGCCUAAUUUGGAGACACGAUGUUUUGUGGCCAACGUGCACUCGAUGUUUUGUGGCCAACGUGCACUGUAAUCUACUUCGUUUAUCACGGAGUUUGUCGAAACAUAUCUCGAAACAAAGUGCAUCCUUUGAAUAAAACUUAAUAAAUUUAUGAUUAAAAAAAUGAAGCAUUCUCUUAUCGCAUUGACUCGAAGCCAAUUUAUACGCUUUUGCUCCAGGGCUUUAAAGUAAGGGUUUUAUCCAUAUUCGAUUCAAAUGAAACAAAACAACAACAACAACAACAAAAAAACCCAGGGGUGCUCGGUAUUGCUCUAAUCUUUUGAGACCUCUAAGUGUAGUUUUGUUUAUACAUACGCACACAGCCAACACUGAUGAGAAACAGGCAGCUAACGCCGUCAUGUUAGAGAAGUUUCUAUGGUGAAUCCUAAUGCAGAAAUACAUUAUACGGCAUCAGCAAGAGGUUUAUUUCGAAUACGUAGAUAGUAAGAUAAAAGUAUAGAUUGACCUGUUCCGAAUCCAGGCCAGCCAGUCUUUAUAGAUUUGUACAGGUACUUCAUGGCAUAUCUAAGCAAGUACAUUUCUAAAAGGAUAAAAGGAUACGGCAGGACUGCAAUAGAACUAAAAAAUAAAAAAAAUUGUUCUGUAAGGAGGGUGAUAAAGUUGUCAACUUUCAAUUGACUAUCACGUGCAAGGCAAAUUCCUUUUUUAGUACAGCAAUUUUACUGUACCUCAUCUCUAACAAAAUAAAUAGCAAAACACUUUCUUGUGCGGAAAAUAGCGGUUUGCAAUAAAAUGUAUCAUCCAAGGAAAACACUUCUCUUUGUAUUCCAGAGCAACUGCUGUCCUGAUGAAGUUCAUUGUGAAGGCGAUUGUUGCAAUACUAGUGUUGGCAUUUGCUGCUUUCUCUAACGGAGAAACGCCAUCUAUAAAGAAUGAAGAGCUGAAGCAUGCCACGAGGGUCUUGAAAAGAAUGCUUCGAAAAUACGACAAGUAUUCGCGUCCUUAUGUGGGCCGUCGCGCAGUGCAAGUGAACAUCAGCAUGGCGGUGCAAUCCUUCAGCCAAAUCAAAGAGUCGAACAUGGAGUUUGAGGUUUUCAUGUACCUACGUCAAGAAUGGAACGAUCCACGUCUGGCGCACGGCUACCGCGCUCUUCUCUCCCUCGCCAAAGACCGCGUAAAUGACAUCUGGCUCCCGGACACGUACUUCAACAACGCCAACGAGUAUGAAGUGUACAUCGUCAAUCAGCUGUCUCUGAUCAAGCCAAACGGAGAUAUCUACUACAGUGGGAGGAACAAAGUGAAGGGGGCCUGUCAGAUGGAUCUGUUUAACUUUCCGCUUGAUGUACAGAGAUGUUCACUAGUUCUUGAAAGCUUCGCGUACACAGGUAGACAAAUAGACUUCAAGUGGAAAGAAAUAAACCCGGUCGUCAUCUUCAACAAGGACUUGGCCGAGUUUGACGUUACAAGCUACGAGAUUUCCGAGAGAAACGCCACAUAUGUCGCAGGUGUGUACAAGAACCUGGUCGUCACGUUUACUUUCAAACGCCGUAUGGGAUUCUACUUCAUCCAGUUCUACAUCCCCUGUAUCGUCAUGGUGACGCUUAGUUGGAUCUCUUUCUGGAUGGAUCGAUAUUACAUCGGGGAGCGAGUGUCACUUGGAAUCACGACCGUCCUGACGAUUGUGUUUCUACUCGGCUCGAGCAACUCGACGAUGCCUCGAGUCAGCUACGCGAAGGCGAUCGACUGGUAUCUGAUUGGCUCGUUCAUGUUCGUGUUCUCGACUCUGGUCACGGACCUACUCGUAUACAGGUUCAGCAUCAAAAGCGACGCGAGACGAGACGAAGGCGGCAAAGACAGAUAUGGUAAAGAGCGGACGCAGCAGGUAACGUUCAAGUGCAAGCAUGGAUUUAAGCCGACGUACGUCGCCGAACCAAACGGCGAAGUUCACGUUGUCUCGUACCAGGAAGAAAAGUCUACGAGCGUUAAGGAGACACUAGCUAACUGCUGUCUGCCGAUGGCAUGCCCGGAAGCCAUCAGGAAAAACAAUGGAGGCAAAAGCUCCGACAACAUGGACUUCAGUGUCGUCAUGAACAAGUGCUGUCGAUUUAUGUACCCGGCAGCCUUUGGGCUUUUCAAUGUGGUGUACUGGACAAACCUGUUUGUCAGCUCAAAGUAGCUUGUACCGGUUGAACCUGUUUUAUAGCUCCUAGAAGAGAGUUAGAAAGCAAAUACUGUGCUGUUUGUCAGCUCAAAGUAAAGUAGCUUGAAUUGAGUGAACCUGUUUCGAGCUCUAGGGAGAGAGCUUUAAGGCAAAUCCGGUGCUGGGAAAAUCUGUUUGACAGCCCAUAGAUAAGGUGUUGUACCUCAAGGCCGCACUUGAAUCACCGUUUACGAGUUCUACUGUAAGUGCACCUGUAAACUAACUUCUACUGGAUUAACCUAUUCCGCUUGAAGGGAUACAAAGAAAAGCAAGGAUGGGCAAACCCCGUUUGAGAGCUUUAGCUUUUUCUUUAAAUAAAACAUGGAUCACUUUCUGCUCGUUCAGUGCCGCCAGUAUCCAAGACGAAAAGCACAGUACUCAUCUCAAUAGCAAAUCUCGGACUAGGGCUACAGGCUACUACCAUCUAGGGCUACAGGCUACUACCAUCUAGGGCUACAGGCUACUACCAUCUAGGGCUACAGGCUACUACCAUCUAGGGCUACAGGCUACUACCAUCUAGGGCUACAGGCUACUACCAUCUAGGGCUACAGGCUACUACCAUCUAGGGAUACAGGCUACUACCAUCUAGGGCUACAGGCUACUACCAUCUAGGGCUACAGGCUACUACCAUCUAGGGCUACAGGCUACUACCAUCUAGGGAUACAGGCUACUACCAUCUAGGGCUACAGGCUACUACCAUCUAGGGCUACAGGCUACUACCAUCUAGGGCUACAGGCUACUACCAUCUAGGGCUACAGGCUACUACCAUCUAGGGCUACAGGCUACUACCAUCUAGGGAUACAGGCUACUACCAUCUAGGGCUACAGGCUACUACCAUCUAGGGCUACAGGCUACUACCAUCUAGGGCUACGCACGGGUCAACGAAAUAUAUGCACAUUUAAAUCAUGUUGCAUUCUGCCAAAGGAAUCCGGAAUUUUGAAUCAUAAAGUCAAACACACACUUGCAUGAUAGUCACACCCCAUGACUGCUCAAGAUAACAAGGCACGAACCAUCUCCAGCACUAAGACUUAUCUAUAGCAGCAUAUCAACAAGGAUUAAACCUAGCUAUACCUAACUUCAAACAUAAAAAAGAGUGUCCCUACGUAAAACAACUGGCAAGUGCUUAUCGACGGCCUUGAAUGCAAUAUUUAGAUCAAAUCAAUCAGCAUGUAAGAAAAAUUGUGUUUAUAUCAUGCUCAGGGACCAAGCGUCCUUCUAAGGCCUCCCUCUACUUUCGCGGCCGAAGAAAGAAAGCAGCAUGUAUUAAUAUAUUCUACAGUUAAAAAUUCUGAAUAUGCAAACAAAAAAAUCAUUUUAGAGCCCUUGCCAGCCGCACGCUUUUCAUUGAUGUAAAUCCCCAAGUGCCCCACCCCCUGCUACGGCCCUGAUAUAUCGAAUUGGCCUCCCCAAAUCAGCCGAUGACAAUUGAUGCCCUUUCGCACUUGGUACUUUACUGGGAUGACAAAAUGGCGGCUGGCAGAGGCUGUUUGAUAAGUUCAACUAGAGAUGAAGUAUACACCCGUUUUAAAUAAGGCUGCACUCGGGGAAUCGAUGCGUCGUUACCAGAAGUGCUUCAUGGGUAUAAAAUAAAUUAACAAAUGAGGGUGUAUGAAAAUUAAUUCAGGUUUUGAAAGCUGUACAAUCCUUCUUCUGCCUGUAAUCAUUGAAAUGGCGAACCUUACCUUUUAACAUAUUUCAUGGUCGUAACAUGACCAAGAGUACCAAACCUUUUUCUUAGAAAAUGCCGUAAAACAAGAGAAAAAAAUCAAUGUGGUCACUAGAGAAAAGGGGUAGUUGUAGCACCUCAUUUAGCCUUUGUCGAGUAAAGGGAAAACAUAAAUUUGUAGUGUUUUCAUGAAAUAUAGUUACCCAAGCGGAAAAAUAAUUUAAAAAUAAGCGAUUAGAAAAUAUAUAGCAAUAAAGCAUUUUCAAAGUGCUAAAAUAAUUAAAAGUUGUAACAGAGCUAUUGAGUAGAAGGCUUUUAGAUAAAAUAGCGCGGUAAUAAAUAUGUUACGAACUCGUC